AUUGACUCCUCUCACAAGUGCGUGCAACAAUUGAGAACCAAAAAGAUAACACGGUAAGACAAGAAACAACCCAGCUGCAGAUAUGGCUUCCAUGGUUAUGACCGCCUCCUCAUUCCCCAACGGCUCAGCCAUGACCAUUGCCAAGCCCACCGCAAGCCGCCGCGGUCUCAUUGUGGCCAAGGCCUCAGCAGGAUCAGAGGCAGAGAAGGUGAACUUGCAAAUGAGGAAGAGCAAGGAAGAGAACAGCAGUGGAAGGAGAGACUUGAUGCUCGCCGUUGCGGCAGCAGCGGCCUGCUCGGUUGCCAAGAUCGCCAUGGCAGACGAAGAGCCAAAGCGCGGAACCGAAGGGGCCAAGAAGAAGUACGCUGUUGUUUGUGUCACAAUGCCAACAGCUCGCAUCUGCCGCAAGUGAGGGAGUUCUAGUGGUUUUUUCUUGAUCCAGUUAAUGUUGUUGGUUGCUGUUGUAUAAUUGUAAAACUUGUAUUGUUCUUAUGUCUCUAUUUGGACAAAAUCCAGUUCUUCUGGUUGCUUCUUCCUCUUCUUUCUCCUUUAAUUCCAAGGCGUCCCUUUUAAUUUUA